AUGCAGCUGCAUGAUACCCUCAAGCGCAUGGCUAACCCCCUUUACCCCGUCAACAGCCUAGAAGGCCGACUUUUGUUCGCGGUCCCCAAGAAGGGACGCCUCAAUUCCGCAACGCUCAACCUCCUCGAGGGCGCCGACAUCCAGUUCCGCCGAGAGAACCGACUUGACAUCGCGCUGGUGAAGAACCUCCCGAUCGCACUGAUCUUCCUACCCGCCGCCGACAUCCCCACGUUCGUCGGCGAGGGCCAAGUAGACCUCGGUAUCACCGGAUAUGACCAAGUCCAGGAGCACGAUGCGGGAGUACGCUCCGUCAUGAAGAAGAGGAGGUUCUCCGGAGAGAUUACCCCGGAGGAGGAGAGCGCAAGAAGUGCCAUCACUGGCUGCGAAACCGUCAUGGAGCUCGGCUUCGGCGCCUGCAAACUGCAGGUCCAGGUUCCCGAGAAGGGCACCUACCAGAGCCCAAAGGACCUGAUUGGGAAGACCAUUGGCACCAGUUUUGUUCACUUGACCGAGAAGUACUUUGCCAACCUGGAGAUCGAGGCUGGCAGCCAGGGCGGCCUCGAGGGCAAGAUACAAACCAAGAUCAUUGAGCUUAGUGGUAGUGUCGAAGCCGCCUGCGCUCUGGGGGUCGCAGAUGGUAUUGUGGACCUCGUUGAGUCUGGAGAGACGAUGAAGGCGGCCGGGCUGAAGGCCAUCGACACCGUUGUCGACUCCAGCGCCAUCCUGAUCAAGUCGCGUUCGCCUCGUAACACGGAACUAGUCGAACUGAUCGCAUCUCGCAUUCGCGGUGUGAUCGCUGCUCAGAGAUACGUGCUUUGCCAGUACAACAUCCAAAGAUCUGCUCUUGCCUCGGCCACCAAGAUCGCCCCCGGAAAGCGAGCUCCUACGAUCACCACCUUGGACGAAGAAGGCUGGGUUGCUGUCAGCAUCAUGGUUGAGAAGAAGAAGAUUGCACCGGUUAUGGACGAGUUGACAAAGGUUGGCGCGACGGAUAUCCUGGUCCUCGCAAUUGCAAACACGAGGACUGAUUAG